ACAGCAUUGGCUGCCAUAAUUGGAGGCACUGAGGCUGGGCAGGAUGUGGGACUUGGCAGAGGAGCCCCUGCUCUCACAACUGCCUCCAGCCUGAGCACCGAGGAGUCUCUAGGAUAAAACACAGAUCAAGACUGUGGAUCAGCAGCAGCGACAGUUGCUUCCCCCUGCAUCUCCUGAGUUGCCCCCAUUCUGGGCCCAGGCCCAGCCACCAUGACGGACACACCAGUGGAGGAAUCCCUCUUCCAAAUCAUCCACUGCUACCACGAGUAUGCUGCCCGGGAAGGGGAUGUGGAGACACUGUCGCUGGAGGAGCUGAAAGCUCUGCUCACGGACAACGUGCCCCGCUUCAUGGAGACCUUGGGCCGGAAGGAGCCGUGCUACAUCACACAGCUGUUCCGGGCUGCAGACAAGAACCAGGACAACCAGAUCUGCUUUGAGGAGUUCCUCUACAUCUUGGGCAAGCUGGUGAAGGACUACCACUGGCAGUACCACCGGCAGCUGUGUGCCCACCACUGCAGCCAGCACAGCCUCUACUAGGGGGGCGCAGGGGCCUCCUAGGGAGCAGGUGCGACCCAGCUGCGGGCCGCUGAAGACACAGCGUGUGUGUGUGUCUGCGCACGCGCGGAGUGGACCCCACCACUGCAGCCAGCACAGCCUCUACUAGCGGGGUGCAGGGGCCUCCUAGGGAGCAGGUGUGACCCAGCUGCGGGCCGCUGAAGACACAGCGUGUGUGUGUGUCUGCGCGCGCGCGCGGAGUGGACGCUGUGAGGGAAGAGAAUAAAGCAACUUUGUAAAGACUUCUGGGUGCUGCUCAGUUCCUGGUUCCAUGCAUCGGCUCUGGGCCCAGAAAGAAAGGUCUGGUCCUACGUGGAGGAUCAGUCAUUUUGGGUAGUCUGUGCCCCAGGAGCCCCUGUCUGAGCGGGGAGACAGCCCUUACCCUCAGCUUUUGGUCUGAGAGGGUGGAGUCUCUUCUCUUGGGGAGUCAGCUCUUGACAAGGAAGCCAGGCCUCACCAGUGAUGUUCUGGUCACUCAUUCACUACUCAUACCUGAUUGGACAGGAGCCAUGAGGGCAGAAGUUCUCCCAGCUUCAACAGAGAGCCCCGACAAAGGUGGAGCAGCCGGGACUGGGAAGGGGCCAGGACAGGGUGGGGAAGAUGAUGCUGGUAAUUGACAUGGGUGGCAGGUCCACGGGCAGUCGGUGAGGGAAGAUUGUGAGGUGGGUUUUUGAGUCAGAGAUGGGUCAAACUUAAAGUUGGCAGUGCAGCCUGUCAAUGAGAAGAGUGAUGAGUGGAACGUGGGUGACUAUCGGUCAGGGAAGGCUUCCUGGGGAGAGGAG